UUUACAUCGCAUCUGUGUUAUACCCAACCCGCACCAGUGGAUUCGUUUUGAAUGGAACCUCCCGUUUACUACUCAAAGACAGAGUAUAUCGAGACUGACACAGGGAACAAGGUCUCUCGGCGAGCGACCAUCGCGGGCCCCCAAAACAUCAUCCUCGGCGGGAAAACUAUCAUUUCCAGCGGCGCUAUCAUCCGUGGGGACCUUCGCCGUACGGGCACCGGUCAUGCUGUGGUCAUAUCUCUGGGUCGCUACUGUCUCGUAGGGGAGGCAUGCGUCAUGCGUCCACCCUACAAGACCUACCGGGGAAACUUCAACUACUAUCCCAUGAAAAUUGGCGACCACGUGCACAUUGGUGCCGGGUCUGUUGUCGAAGCCGCGACCAUCGGAAACCACGUCGAGAUCGGGAAAAACUGUGUCAUUGGGAAAUUCACCAUUAUCAAGGAUUGUGCACGCGUCGCAGACAACACCAUCGUACCCCCGAACACUGUCAUCCCCGCCCUCUCGUUGUACGCAGGCUCCCCCGGACAUUUUGUCGAAGAUCUGCCGGAGUCUACACAAGAGAUUGUCGAAUCGUAUACCAAGCGAUAUUACGCGCGGUUCCAGCCCGCAUCGUAGGCUCUAGAAGGAAUAGACGGAGAUGGUUGGCUCUAAUGCUUACGGGUGCUGUCGUUCAAGACAAGGCAGUCCGUUUUCUGAACAAGGACACGAAGCGUACACGUGACUGGCCUUGUCCUGUAUGCGGUGGUUUCCUUGUCUGCACUUCCAUGGCUGGGCCGCCCACGACGAAAGUCCUUGUUCUCUGCCUGUUUAUAAGCAACCGCUCCACCGUCUGGGAACGAUCAGACUGCGAUCUCACCUUCCCUUUCCGCUUGACGCAUCAACCUACUCACGCUCUCUCACUUUCACUCAACAAUACUUAUGCUCUUCGGUCCUGUUUUCGUGGUCUCUGCUUUGCUUGCGUUUGCCAUGGCAAUCCCCGCACCCAUUGACCCGAUCUUGCAACCGGUCAUCGCUUACAAGAACAACAUCGGGCUGAUAAAUCCUCCUACCCCGAGUUCACAGUCGACCAGUGACGCAUCCGCAGUGACAGCUUCGCUUUUCGGCCUGGCCAUCACUUUGGGAGCUGCGGUCGCCCUUGUCUAGUCACUCGAGACACUCACGAUACCCUAAUGAGACCACCGCGUACUCAAUGU